GUCCACCAUGUCCACCAUGUCCAUCAAGUCUUGCCUCUUCCCAUCUCACAUACUACGGUCCAUUUCCCUUCCACUUCGUUAGACAAUCCGAUAGACUCUCCUAAACAUCCCUCCCACGUUGCAUGACCGUGAUGGAAGUCCAGCUCUACGUCUAUGAUCUGUCUCAGGGCCUGGCGAGGCAAUACUCCCGCGCUCUGACCGGAGUUCAAAUUGACGCAAUAUACCAUACAGCCAUCGUACUCAACAAUGUGGAAUACUUCUUUGGCCAAGGUAUUCAUAGAAAAGUACCCGGCUCAACGCACCAUGGCCGACCUAUGCAAAUCGUCCCUCUGGGGCAGACAGAUCUUCCCCUAGAUGUGAUCGAGGAAUAUAUCGACUCACUCGAGGACAUCUACACUCCAGAAUCUUACGACCUUUUUGUCCACAACUGCAACAAUUUCAGCCAAGAUCUGGCCAUGUUCCUGGUCGGGAAAAGCAUUCCGGAGGACAUACGAAGUCUACCCGAGACGUUCCUUCGAACACCUAUCGGACAGAUGCUGCGUGGCCAGAUUGAUCAAUCCAUGAGGACGAUGACACAGGCGCCAGAUGCCGUCUCCGGUCGCAAUGUCGCAAGAAGUCCACCAGCCGCAAAAGCAGCCAUCAAACCAAUGACAAAUGGCAGAAUCACAGCGCCAACAGCUAACGGGACGACUCCACAGAUACAUGCGACGGCCUUGAUCAACGCAGAACCACCUCCGGACACACCGGGCCAUGUCUAUUACAUCUCCUCGCUCUCCGAACUCGACCGUCUCCUCGACGAAGCCCGCCACUCCUGCGCCGUCAUCUUCUUCACCUCAGCAACCUGCCCACCUUGUAAAAUCGUCUAUCCGACAUACGAUGAACUCGCCGCCGAAGCCGGUACCAGAAGUGGUGCGAAACUGAUCAAAAUCGACAUCUCCGCCUCGCCGUCAGCCCAUGCUGUAGCCCAGCGGUACCAAGUGCGCGCCACACCUACGUUCAUCACAUUUCUCAAGGGCCAAAAACAAGACGAAUGGUCCGGCGCCAACCCAGCACAACUACGAGGCAACGUCCGCCUCCUCCUCCAAAUGGCCCGCCCACCACAACAUCAGCACUCGACAUUAAAACUGCCCACGUUCCAGCGCAUCAUUCAGAAACCCAUAACCUACACCCGCACACCACCUCUAGACAAACUCCUCGCAAAGAUCGGACCAUCUUUCUCCCAACACUCCUACGUACAAGAUCUCGUAUCCUACAUCAAAGCCCGCGAUGAAAAGGGCAUGACCGAAGCACCCCUCCCCAACCUUCACGCGUUCAGCGAGCAUCUCACCUCCUCGUUCUCAACUCUCCCUCCAGAGACACACUUCGCCGUCAUUGACCUGGUGCGCUGUGCGGCCAUAGAUCCCCGGGUAUCAAGUUUCUUGGCCGCGGAACACGAACGCGAGCAUGAAACUCUCAAGACCCUCCUCACCCACAAAGGGGACUUCUCAACUGCACCCUACAACAUCCAGUCCGUCAGCUUGCAACUGGCAUGCAAUCUGUUCACUUCCAACGUGUUUCAGGAGCAGCUCUUCCGUGGCCACAGCGCCAGUCCCCCUAGGGAAUCCAUCGAAACCCUCGCCGCGCAGUGUCUGUUGUCGCCACAUCUCAACGCCCGCUCCAUGGCCGCCGCGCUGGUGUACAAUCUCGCGGCGUACGUGCACAACGCGCGUGUCCACAACGCCCAAACCGAGGCUGACUCUCACGACGACUACGAAUCCGCCGCGCCAAGCGACGAUCUUUCUGCCGCUCUGCUCGAGAGCAUCACCACUUUCUCACAGCUCGCCCCGUCGAGUACGAAAACGGCCACAUCCAUGAGUAGUGGGGGCACGAGCGGCAGCGGCAGUGGUAAUGAGAAAGAGGCUUUUCACGCUCUCCUGCUAGCGCUGGGCAUGCUGCUCUACGCGGCGCCGCCGGAGAACAUGCUCUGGGACUUGUGUCGGGCCAUGGACCUGCGCGAAGUCCUGAAGGAUGUGAGAUCUUCGAAUCUGGCCGUCAAGGACGAGCCGUUGCUGAAGGAAGUUGGGGAUGAGUUGCUAGGGAAGGGUGCAUUCUGAGUUACUACUUACGGUAAACGCCCAACUUCCCGGUUAGGGUUAGCGAAGGCGUCUGGCAAAUCUUGGGUAGUAGAUAUUAGACCCGUGAACACUGGCAGUUACCUGGUAAUAUAGAAGCGGAAUAUCGUAGAGCACAAUGUAUAGGUAUGUAUCAA